AUGUUUGCUAUUCGCAGACCCCUGUCUCUGUUUUGUCUCCUUCUACCUGCUUUUGCGCUUCGCUAUGAUCCUGCACACGAGGGCUGGAACCUGAAUCUGAACCAGACUGCGACUGACCCGUUGCACUACUGGGGCCAAUGGGAAAACCAUACCUUUCACCCUUCGCCGAAGAGCUGGCGCUUUCCGUUCUAUUGUCUCACUCUAGAUCGAUAUGUUGACGGUGAUCCUACGAAUAAUGAGGCAAACAGUACUUCAUUUGAGCAUGACUGGACGAGUAAUCAGUUCCGUUUUGGUGGCGAUGCCAAAGGGAUGAUGAACAAUCUUGACUACAUACAGGGAAUGGGGAUUAAGGCUAUCUAUUUCUCUGGUACUCCGUUCAUCAACAUGCCGUGGAGCAGUGAUGGCUUCGGAGCACUUGACUUCACGCUUCUUGACCACCACCACGGUAAGAUCGAGGAUUGGAGAGCUCUAGUCUCUGAAGUUCACCGUCGAGGAAUGUACGUGGUCAUGGAUAAUACCCUCGGAACGAUGGGUGACUUGCUCCAAUGGGUUGGGAACGAGAAUGUCACCGCGCCGUUCGAGUGGAGCGAGUACGACGUUCGUUAUAAGUCAUCUCGGCAAUAUCACGACUUUGCCAUCGGGAACAAUCUCAAUGCGACCUGCAACUACCCGCGUAUGUGGGGAGAGGACGGAUACCCUCUUAGUAAUCAAUCAGUCUUGGAUGCUAUGAGCCGGCCAUGCAGGGAUAGCGACUUCGAUCAGGUCAAGCUGUCACUAUGCCUUCUCUGGAUCAUGCUGACAUUGGGUGUACAGGACCGGCUCAGGACAUGGCGCGAGGAUGUGCUUGACAAGAUCAAUCAUUUCUCGUGCAUGCAGAUCGCGAUGCUAGAUCUGGAUGGGUUCAGAAUGGACAAAGCCGCACAAACACCGGUUGGUGUCCACGCAAACUUCUCCGACUAUCAAAGGCGAUGUGCGAAGCGCUACGGCAAGGAGAAUUUUCUCAUCGUUGGUGAAGUUGUCAGUAAGAUUCCAUAUGCUUCUUUACUCAUUGGCCGCGGAAAGCAGCCAGACAUGCGUUUCGACAAUCAUACGCAGGCAGUUGCAGCCAUCGAUCCGAGGAACGACAAGAACUAUCUCCGAGAAUUUGGAUCCGUUGCCUUGGAUGGAGACGCGUUCCAUUAUCCGUUCUAUGGCGCCAUGACUAGGUUUCUCGGUUUGGAUGGUCCUAUUGGUCUAGAAGGUGUCGACUUCGUGGAGCUCUGGCAUAACCUGCUUCUGCACACUGACAUGGGGAAUGCGUACACCGGCGAAUUCGACCCACGGUUCUUGUGGGGUAUGACCAACCAGGACGUAUUUCGAUGGCCUGCACUCGCCAACGGCACGCAACGACACAUCAUGGGCCUCGUCAUUGCGAAUCUGUUGAUGCCUGGCGCUCCAUUUCAACUCUGGGGUGAAGAGCAGGGAUCAUACGUUCUAGAGAAUCAGGCAAGCGAUUAUGUUUUUGGCCGGACACCGAUGUCUUCACAGCGUGCAUGGCAGCUUCACGGUUGCUAUAAGUUGGGCGAAGAGGUUUAUGUGGAUAUGCCAUUCGAUAAAGCACUCCAUGGGUGCGAAGACGAUUCCGUGAGCCUCGACCAUCGCGACCCAUCGCAUUUCAUGCGCAAUAUCUUCAAGCGCCACUAUGAACUUCGUGACCAAUACGCUGUGCUGAAUGACGGCGCUUUUCUUCAAACACUGUCGCAACAGACUCAUGAAGUCUAUCUCCAUGGCAGCAUGGGCCUGCCAUCGCCGACUGGAAUCUGGAGCGUCUAUCGUGGGCCUUUCCCCGGCGUCCAGGACUUCUCAGCAGCGGGUGAAUUGGGUAACCAAGGAGUGUGGUUCAUCUACUCGAACGACAACAAGACGGUCAACUACACUUUCGAAUGUCAAGAUGCGGCCGAAGGUCUCUUCGCCCCGUUUCCCGAAGGCACUAUCGUCAAAAACUUGUUCUUCCCAUACGAGGAGUACAGACUGGGGACUUCCGCUGCACAGUCGAACCUCAACGGCUCUCGGGGAGCCAGUGGUUGUCUCAGUAGCCUCGAGAUGCAACCAUGGAGCUACAAACUCCUUGUGCCGAAAGACAAAUUCGCGGAACCUCGGCCGACGAUUACGCGCGUUGUCCCUGGUCACGACGCGCGACUUGUGUCUGAGGUACGCGAUGGUGGGCCGCAAACAAUUCCUAUCGAAGUGCACUUCUCUAGCGAAAUGAACUGCGACUCGGCGAAACGAAACUUUUCAAUGCGGUCGACAACCUCUGCUGGACUAGUUGCGCAUCUCAAUACUUCGAGUGUCGUAUGCACCAAGGUACCGGUCAAGACAGAACAGCAGUAUGUUGGUCAAAUCGGUACAGCUUGGGUGAUGAGAGGAGAACUCGAAAACGUCUACGAUGGCAUCCAUGUCUACACACUCAACAACAUCUCCACAGAGUACACCGACCUCUACACCCAAGCGGUAGAUCACUUCAUGUUCCGCAUUGGUCAGCCUGAGAACCCCAUGGUAUUCCCUGCCAGCGCAAAUUAUUCCUCGUCACUCCUUCACCGCGACGAGAAAACAGGAGCGCUCACCGUCACGCAUAAAGCUACUGGUGCUGACAAGUGGCAAUAUACCCUCAACUGGGGUGCAACGUGGAGCGAAUGGCGCGACUACACUUCUGUCAAUGCGAGCAUCACAGAGCAGCCAUGGUCUGGCUCGAAAGAUCAAGCCUGGGAGGGUGAGCACAUUGAGAUUCGUUACUGGAGCGAGAUGACUGGAAGUAUGGAGCACAUUCAGCAUGGCGAUGUCGGCUCCAAAGCUCCUCGUCGCUGGCCACACAUGCACGUCACUGGAGAAUGGAAUCUGUUUGGCUUCGAUUCAGGCUUGCCUGACAAAAUGCACGACACAGGUACUGGUCAGUGGCACUUCGAUAUCAUGACGGAGUACCCAACAGACGUGAUUCUCAGCACAUGGGGCAUCAAUCCAGACGGUCAGCCGGACAAGUCGAAGUUGUACGGCGACGUUGAUCUUGAUGGUGUCCUAGACUGGCUUCCCCCAACCAGUCUGGGGAAGAACGUCAUCAAUAUCACCAACCCAGGGAUGCCAUACGUUGGUGUUAAGCUUAUUGCGAACGAUGGAUACCUACGCUACUCGUACCAGCCUGUCGGGUCCGCGUGGAGACAACUCGCCAUCCUACUCCUCCUGGCGCUCAUCCCGCUCAGUACAGGGUCGCUUGCCAUUUCGCUCUUCCUCAAGUCGUUUUACCACGUCAAGUUCAAUCAUCGUGGUAUAUCCGAGAAGCGGUCUGGCAUCAUGGCCGGGCUGCCAACGUUCUCCAGCGUCUCUAAAAGCGUUGUCACCCUCAAACCGUGGACACAUAAAUCCAAAUCCACGGCUCUGUCGAAUCCCCUGCGUCAGGAAGGUUUUGCCUUGGAGAAUGAGGAUCAGCGUCGGACAAUUCUCAUCGCAACAAUGGAGUACGAGAUAGAAGACUGGAAGAUCAAGGUCAAGAUCGGCGGCUUGGGUGUCAUGGCUUCGCUCAUGGGCAAGAACCUCCAACAUCAGAACCUCAUCUGGGUCGUUCCGUGUGUCGGCGGUAUCGACUAUCCAACAGACACAAUCGCCGAACCGAUGCAAGUCUCCCUUCUCGAUCAGACGUAUACCAUCAACGUCCAGUACCACCGUUUCCAGAACAUCACUUUCGUCCUUUUGGAUGCACCAGUUUUCCGUGCCCAAACCAAAAACGAACCGUACCCAGCUCGUAUGGACGACUUGGAGAGUGCAGUGUACUACUCCGCUUGGAACCAGUGCAUUGCCGAGACCUUCAAACGAUUUCCUGAGAUAGACCUGUAUCACAUCAACGACUACCAUGGUACACUUGCGCCACUUUAUCUUCUAACGGAUGCUGCACCACCGUGCUGUCUCUCGCUACACAACGCCGAGUUUCAAGGGUUAUGGUCCAUCAAACGCCCACAAGACCUUGACGAGAUUUGCAGAACCUUCAAUCUCAGCAAAGAUAUUGUACACAAAUAUGUGCAGUUCGGCGAAGUCUUCAAUAUGCUGCACGCAGGUGCAAGCUACCUCCGCAUCCAUCAGCGUGGCUUCGGUGCCGUCGGUGUCUCCAAAAAGUACGGUAAGCGAAGUUUCGCCAGAUAUCCAAUCUUCUGGGGGUUGACGAAGAUUGGUUCCCUUCCCAAUCCCGAUCCUAGCGAUACUGCACCCUGGAGCAAAGAGGACAAGCUGCCGGAGUCCGUCGACGUUGACACCAACGGCGAAGCACAGCGUGGUAUGCUUCGGACCCAAGCGCAAGAGUGGGCAGGCCUACAUGUCGACCCUGAUGCCGAACUCUUCGUCUUCGUCGGCCGCUGGUCCAUGCAAAAGGGCAUUGAUCUCAUCGCGGAUGUCUUCCCUUCUAUUCUUGAGAAGAAUCUCAGGGCCCAGCUCAUUUGCGUUGGUCCUGUCAUUGACCUCUAUGGGAGAUUCGCCGCUGCCAAGCUGCAGCGUCUUAUGGAGAUGUACCCUGAGCGCGUAUGCUCCAAACCAGAGUUCACGGUUCUUCCACCCUGCAUCUUCAGCGGUGCUGAGUUCGCCUUGAUUCCGUCGCGCGACGAACCUUUCGGCUUGGUCGCAGUCGAGUUUGGCCGAAAAGGAGCGCUCGGUGUUGGCUCUCGAGUGGGCGGUUUGGGAACUAUGCCUGGCUGGUGGUUUACAAUUGAGUCAGUCGCGACCAAACACCUCGUACGCCAAUUUCAGAGGACCAUCAAGGCGGCCAUGGGUUCUACCAAAGAAGUUCGGGCCGAAAUGAGAGCGCGGUCGUCUCUGCAGCGGUUUCCGGUCGCCCAAUGGCUCGAAGGUCUGGAGAAGUUACAGUCGGGAUCGAUCAGAACGCACGCGCAUGUCACGGGAGCACGCGCAUCCCGGAGGUCUGGCGCAAACACACCUGCCAUACCCUCUCCUCUGCCUUCCGCUCCGGGGUCAGCUUUCGUCUCACCCGCCAAUACGCGACCUUCCAGUCGUAGGAUCAGCCGUGCUCCAACCCGAGUCAACAGCCGAGCGACCAGUCCAAUCCGCGAAGAGCUUCCGGUGGGAAACAUUCCAGCUUUGCCCCCGAUCAACACCGCACUUGCUCGACGUUAUCGUCCACAUGCACCAUCAUCAUCAGACGUAUCGGUACCAGGUUCGCCUUCCGAACUUCACUCCGCCAAUAGUGUGAAUGGCUACAAUUUGUUCCCUAUCCCAAGCGCUACUGCAGAGCAGGAGGACUACUUCUCAAACGGUGAUCUAAGAAGAAGCGUGGGCCGUGCAGCUGUCUCACGAAAUAUGUCUCGUCAGAACUCUCAGGACUCGAACGUGUCCCAGUCGUCAAUUGAGGCUCGGCUUGAAUCAGAAGAGCCAGAUCGUGUUCCAGACAGUUCAGGUUCUAUCAUCUCGUCGUCUGCGCAUGGAAUGAGCGCUCAGCCAUCGGUGCUCAGCCUACAAACUGUGGUGGGUGAAGAGAAGAACUAUCGAAUGCAGAAGGUCGAACCGUACUUCACCGACUCGCAAGGUGUCUAUUCAAAGCAGUUCGAGAGACUUCUUGGCGGCCUCAAUGGACGCACUUCGACAAACGAGCUUUGUAUUGAGGAGUUCAUCGCCAGAUCUGAGAAGAACUGGUUCGCCCGAUUCUAUGAUGCUAGGCUCGGCGUGAAGAGAUCAUACUCCAAAGUCGCAAGGGUUCACGUAGAAGAGCUUGCGAGUAGCAGUAGCUCCAACGCUUCCAUCCAGACGGAAACUGCUGUCGAGGACGAGUUCGAGCUUGGGAACGACUACACGCCGCCAAAGGGUCUAGAAAAAAUUGUUCAGUACAAGGUCCGGGACUGGCCUGUGUAUUCCUUCUUCAUCGCGCUUGGCCAGAUUUUAUCCGCAAAUAGCUACCAGGUCACCUUGCUUUCUGGAGAGAUAGGACAGACCGCCAGCAAGCUCUACAUUGUGGCUAGCAUCUACCUGGCUGGGUCAAUUGUGUGGUGGACGCUGUUCCGCACGUUGCAGUCUCGCUGUGUCAUCGCACUCCCUUUCGGCUGCUACGCUCUCGCCUUUUUUGUCCUCGGCAUGGCUCCAUAUGGUACUUCGAUCGUAACUCGAGGUUGGAUACAGAACGCCGCCACCGGCCUAUAUGCCCUCGCCUCUGGUUCAGGCUCCCUCUUCUUCGCGCUGAACUUUGGCUCCGAAGGCGGCACCGCAACGCACACCUGGGUCUUCCGUGCCUGCGUCGUCCAAGGCACACAGCAAAUUUACGUCACAGUGCUCUGGUACUGGGGUGCGCACCUCUCCGCGCUGAGCGCCACCGGCCACAACCCCACCGGUUUUGCAACCAGCCCAUACAUCACGGCCGUAACCACACCCGUCGCUUUCCUGCUCGCCCUCAUCGGCGUAACCCUCUUCAUUGGCCUCCCAGACUUCUACCGCAGCUCCCCCGGCAGCGUCCCCUCUUUCUACAGCGCCCUGUGUCGCCGCAAAAUCAUCCUCUGGUUCUUCGUCGUGGUCGUUAUUCAGAACUACUUCCUCUCCGCGCCGUAUGGGCGUAACUGGCGGUACCUAUGGAGCUCGAAGCUAGUACCGGCAUGGGGCAUCGUGAUCCUUGUGCUCGUCUUCUUCAUCUUGGUCUGGAUUGCUGUCUUCGCCGUGUUCCGGCGCCUCUCCAUUGAGCAUAGCUGGAUCCUUCCUAUCUUCGCUAUUGGGCUCGGUGCGCCGCGCUGGGCUCAGAUGCUCUGGGGGACUUCAGGCAUGGGGUCGUUUAUCCCAUGGGCUGGGACACCCGCGGUUGGCGCACUUCUCGGUCGCGCGCUGUGGCUCUGGCUCGGCGUUCUCGACGCUCUACAAGGUGUAGGCUUCGGUAUGAUUCUACUGCAGACUAUGACGCGCUUUCACGUUGCGUUUACGCUUACGGCAGCACAAGUUGUAGGGUCUGUAGCUACGAUUGCUGCGAGGGCUACGGCGCCAGAUAGGCUGGGGCCUGGGAGUGUGUUCCCGAACCUCGCGCUGAGUAUGGAUGGGCUAAGUGACGCGGUAUUUUGGGUCGCGCUGGUGCUGCAGGGAGUGGUAUGUGUGGGUUUCUUUGCGUUCUUUAGGAAGGAGCAGCUGGCCAAGCCUUGA